AUGGUUGAGGUUCGUGAAGGUCCAAUAUCAUUCGGGAUAUCUAGCGCAAGAAAGGGAGGAACUCAAAACUUUGGUUUGCUGCUCAGUGGUAUCGGCGGCGGCUCGCUCGAACUUCCGGCCAACUCUUUCUUCUUCGGCGGUGGAGGCGGCGCGAGUUUCUUGCCAGCUGCCCCUGGUCCUGCCGUUGUGGGUGACUGCGGUGACGAUGCUGUGUUGUCGGAGGCAAAGUUGUUAACUCUGCCAGCAAUGCCGUAUUUCUGGUUCAGCCCGUUCGCUGCCUUGAACCCUGAUGCUACCUGUGCGCCAUGCCGCUGCUGGAAAUUGUUCGCAGUCGAUGCUGCGUUCUUCAUGUCUGUUGUUGACACCUUCGACGGAUCAUCGCGAAGGCCACUAGCCGUUCGCAGUGCAGCCUGUUUAUCUGCCCAUGAUGUUCCUGUGGUGGGCGCCGUGCUGGUCGACCCCCCUGCAGACAUCUUCGAGAACCUACUCUGCAAUUCGCCCAGCUGUGAGCCACGGCCUGUCGUUGCUGCCGGUGGGGCAGCGGAGGUGGGAACUGCAGAAGCAGAGUUCUGUCGCGGCGGUACAGGCGGCGAGUUGGUCUGCCUGGGAGGAACUGGCGGUGAAGCAGUUCGGCCUACACCAAACCCGGGCACAGAAACACCAGCUUGUCCCAGCCGAUUCAACGCUCCCUGA